GCGACAGCAGAGACUUCCCAGUGGGAACAAGUCUCAGCAGCACACGGAUCAUCAGCAAGGUGGCACCAAACAUAACAGGGACCACCAGAAACUCUACCAAGGAGGCCAGGCCCCUCACUCCUCAGGCAGGACAGGUCACCACGGCUACAGCCAGAACCGGAGAUGGCACCACAACCAGAAACACUCGCCCAACGACAAAGAAACGCACAGAAACGCCAAAGAGACUGAGAAUUUGAAAAUCGAGGACACCUCCGUCUGCACGGUGCAUAUUCCUGUGGAGACACCCCGAGGCCCAGAGGCUGUGGAGAAGCAAUCUCAGCAUUACAUCCAGGAGUCAGAGACUAAGCGGAAAGACAGUAUUCACGAGCGCAUCGGGGAAAGACCCAAGAUCAAUUUACCAGAGCAAGACGAAGUCACGGUGGAAACCACCGAUCCUGAAAAGAAUAAAAUGGACAAACUAAUUGAAAUUCUCAACAGCAUGAGAAACAACAGCAGUGAUGUUGACUCCAAGCUCACCACAUUCAUGGAGGAGGCUCAGAACUCUACUAACUCUGAGGAGAUGCUGGGGGAGAUAGUCAAGACCAUCUACCAGAAAGCGGUUACAGACCGCAGCUUUGCUUCCACUGCAGCCAAGCUCUGUGACAAAAUGGCCCUCUUCAUGGUGGAAGGAACCAAAUUCCGGAGUCUGCUCCUCAACAUGUUGCAG